UCAUAGGUAAUCUAAGAGUUUCGAAGAUGGCGGCGGUUUUUAAACCAAUAAUUCGAUGGGCUCAAAGCAAGGAACGAGUAUUUUUAACACUGGAGUUGUCAGAUGUUCAGUAUCCAGCCGUGGAACUGACAAGCAACCGGCUGGUCUUUCAAGGAUUUGGUCAUGGAGCUAGAGGGGAACAACAGUACCAUGUGGACAUUGAUUUCUAUAGGCCUGUUGAUAUUACAGCAAGCAGUCAUAAAGUUCUGGAUCGUCAUGUGGAGUUUUCCAUUGCUAAGUUAAAAGGACAGCAUGAAUUUUGGCCACGUCUUAUUGUGGAUGAACAAAAGCCAGCCUGGUUGAAGGUCAAUUUUGAUCGAUGGCAAAGUGGAGAUACAUCUGAUAGUGAAGAAGAUGAACAGGAAGAACGAGCAAAACUGGAGAACUUGAUGGCUAAUACCAAAGCCAUGGAAUUAGAUUUGGACAAUGAAAUAGAGAAAACCAAAAAAGAAGUUUUCAGAUUUAUACGUACAUUCUACUUGGUUGUGUAUAAUCUCAUGCAAGGAGGAUUAUAUCUUUACAUAACUUCAGUCCUUGUGUACAAAGUAAUUUUUCAAGGAACAGCUGCCUUCUCUGAAGCCUACAACUCAGUCAGUGAUGUACUGGCUUCUUGUCAGUUGGCUGCCUUCUUGGAGGUUAUUCAUCCUAUAGUUGGCAUUGUAAAGACUGGUGCCCUAGCUCCCUUCAUGCAGGUUUUUGGCCGAAACUUGGUGCUUUUCUUGGUAGUUGUUGCAAAUAAAGAGCUCCAUGAACUUGCAGCUGUAUAUGGUCUUUUCAUUGUAUGGUCUCUCAUUGAAGUUGUACGGUACCCAUUUUACGCCUCUCAGAUUGUUGGCAUAAGGAUUGAACCACUGAUGUGGCUUCGAUACACAUUAUGGAUUCCUCUGUAUCCCCUAGGUGUACUCUUUGAAGUUACUCUCAUAUGGAAAGCAAUUCCUUUGCUGGAUGAAUCCGAGAGAUUCUCUGUCAAACUUCCAAAUGCACUUAACUUCAGUUUCAGCUUUGCUUGGUUCCUUAGAGUAUACCUUAUCUUCCUUGUUAUUGGUGGCUGUCACAUGAUGAAACACAUGUAUGCCCUGCGACAACGAAGAUAUGGCAAAAAGAAAUCAAAAACAAAAUAACAACUUUCUCCUUAAGUAAUAACUAUAACACAAAGGCCUGACCAUGCCUGCCAAGACCUCAAAAGCCAGACCACUUAAGAACAUUUUAGACUGCCUUUGAUAGUUUGUACUGUAUAUUAAAAAAAAAGAACAGUUGUCAUAAAGGUAUUCUGUUCAGUGCUGCAAUUUUGGCUGUGGUGAGCCAACAAGCACUUAUACUUUUCAACUCAUUUAUCAAAGAAAACUUAUGUAACAAAGAAAUUGGAACAAGG